AUGGCCGACUCUCUCACCGAGGAGCAGGUUUCUGAGUUCAAGGAGGCCUUCUCCCUCUUCGACAAGGACGGUGAUGGACAAAUCACUACUAAGGAGUUGGGCACCGUUAUGCGUUCGCUGGGACAGAACCCUUCCGAGUCAGAGCUCCAGGAUAUGAUCAACGAGGUCGAUGCGGACAACAAUGGCACCAUCGAUUUCCCAGAGUUCCUUACUAUGAUGGCUAGGAAGAUGAAGGAUACAGACUCCGAGGAGGAAAUCCGUGAAGCUUUCAAGGUGUUCGAUCGCGAUAAUAACGGCUUCAUCUCGGCUGCCGAGUUGCGUCAUGUCAUGACCUCCAUUGGCGAGAAGCUCACCGACGACGAGGUUGAUGAGAUGAUCAGGGAGGCUGAUCAAGACGGUGAUGGUCGCAUUGACUAUAACGAGUUCGUGCAGCUCAUGAUGCAGAAGUAA